GAAUCAGUCUUGUCUUGAGCGUGGUAUUGUUUGGAAGUGCAAUUGACGCUUGAUCCGACAAUUUCGCGGAAUGGGCAGAGUUUAGUGAAUUUUUUAUCAAAAUAUCCCUUCCACGGCAAACCACCGAGUGUACUGGGCAUUCGGAAAUGCAUUGGAGCAAUGGCCACAAUAUCUAGUUUAGUGCAUAGUGCGUGCUUUAGUGGGAAUAAUGGCAAAAGUGGUGCACUUCUUUGUUUCCCCAGACAUUUAUUUAGGUUUUUUGUGAGACAAUGUGCUAAUGUGCCCAAGUGUAGUACCUCGGGGCAUUUACGUGAUUACCAUAUGAUCAGUUGUGGCCGGGUCAUCGGCAACCUACUUCUGUACAUUGCAUUGCUGAAUGUUUUAUUUGUGGAUUUUGGUGACGCCCAUGGAAUUCAUCUAACAAAUGAGCGAUUCCAUCCAGCAGGACAAUUUUCAUCGCACACACUAAUUAGACCACGAGUGAUUCAUGGAAGGCACAAGAGAUCGCUUAACACCACACUGGAGGAGGAUGGCCUCCAUGCGACCCACAUCACGAUGUCAUUCGAGAAGGCGAAUGGCGAGAGUAUUGUGUUGGAUUUACAACUGAAUGAGGAUUUGUUGCCCCAUGGGCACUUCCUACACUAUCAGGACGGCCUGGGUGGGCAUAGAUUGGAGAAUUUUACAAGGCGCGAGGAUUCGGAUCACUGUCACUAUGUGGGCAGGAUACGAGGCAAUAAGGACUCAAGGGCUGCCAUUUCAACGUGCGAUGGCAUCCGUGGUGUGAUAUUUGAUGGGCAGGAAACAUUCUACAUAGAGUCCAGAACGGAUAGUCAAUUGCAUUCCGAUCAUUUUCUCUACAGUCAUGCUGAUAUUGAGUGGGACGGUAAAUGUGGGUAUGAAGGCACCGAAGAGAGCCACAAUGGCACAAAUGAACUGAAAGACUCUGAAUUUAAUAGAAUUUUAAGGUAUAAGAGAGCUGUGGAGGAUAUUGAGACAAUUCGUGGUCCGUACAAUGCAAAUCGUGAUUCAUCAUUUGUUGAGCUACUCCUCGUUGUGGACAAUAAGGUGUACAAUGCCUUGGGGCAGAGUCUCAAGAAAGUCCACAAUCACUGCAAGACGAUAGCCAACAUCAUUAAUGCCCUGUACAUGCCACUCAAUAUCUUUAUUGCCUUAAUCGGGGUCGUUGUGUGGACGGACUCCAAUGAGGUGGAGCUCUCGAGUGAUGGCGACAGAACGCUCAAGAACUUCCUCAAUUACCGCAAAAAGGUGCUAGUCCAGAAAUUCCCAAAUGACAAUGCUCAGCUACUCACGCGUGAACAAUUCGACGGCGGUGUGGUAGGAAAGGCCCUCAAGGGUCCAAUAUGUACUUAUGAAUUCUCAGGAGGUGUCUCCAUGGAUCACAGCCAAAUUGUUGGGGUUGUAGCCACCACCGUUGCCCAUGAGAUGGGUCACAAUUUCGGCAUGGAGCACGAUUCAGCAGAUUGCAAGUGCGAAGACGAAAGGUGCAUAAUGUCAGCAUCGAGCUCAUCAGUGGCACCGCGCCAUUGGAGCUCAUGCAGCAUCGAUCAGCUCAACCUGGCCUUCCAUCAUGGCAUGAACCACUGCCUGAAGAAUCGGCCAACACGCCUCUUCGACAGCCCUCAAUGUGGCAAUGGAUUCGUGGAGAAGGGUGAACAAUGCGACUGCGGUCUGCCGGAUUAUUGCGAGAAUUCCUGCUGCGACCCAUUCACCUGCAUGCUCCACGCAAAUGCCAGCUGUGCGACAGGUGAAUGCUGCGAUCUGGACACGUGCCGACCGCGGACAGCGGGCACCGUGUGCCGAUCGGCAGAUGGCGAAUGCGAUCUCCCGGAAUUCUGCACAGGAGAAUCCGAAUACUGCCCCAAUAAUGUGUUCAAGCGAGACACCGAGGAGUGUGAUCGCGGCAAGGCGUACUGUUACCAAGGAUCAUGCAGAUCGCGAGGCGAUCAAUGCAAAGUUCUCUGGGGCCCUUCAGGAAAUUCCUCCGAUGAGUGCUAUAGCAAGAAUAUCGAUGGAACAAGGCAUGGAAAUUGUGGCUUUGAACGCUUUUCCAAUCAAUACAUAAACUGCGAUCGUGAAGACAUCUACUGCGGGAUGCUGCACUGUCGGCAUCUCAAUGAGAGGCUGGAAUUCGGCAUGGAAUCCGUCUCGGUGCUCUCGCACAGCUUUAUGAAUCACGAGAAUAGGAUUGUGGUCUGCCGAACGGCUAUUGUGGAUUUGGGGUUGCAGACAAUGGAUCCGGGAUUGGCUCCUGAUGGCUCCAAGUGUGGCGUUGACAAGAUGUGCGUGAAGCAGAAAUGUCGGGCAAUUGAGAGUCUUCGAAUGGCUGGAGUUGGGAUCGCAUGCCCGGAUGAUUGCAAUGGAAAUGGGGUGUGCAACAGCUUGGGUCACUGUCACUGCGACAAAGGGUUUGCUCCACCUUUCUGUGAUGCCCCAGGACCCGGAGGAUCCCUUGACAGUGGACCAGCAUCUAAUCCCAAUGCUGGAGCUGGCUUCACGACUGCCAUGUACAUCUUCUUCCUCGGAAUCGUGCCAUUCUGUGCACUGGUGGCCUUCCUUGUCUACUACUUCCGGCAGAAUCGCACGAUGAUCAAGAGAACACCACAAGUUCCUAAGCAACUGAUCAAGCAGAGCCCAUCGAAGAGUCUCUCCCCAUCAUCCGGUGGACAACCCAAGUCAACGCCUAGUAGUCCGGAUGAUAUGAAUUCAGCCCUUUUGCGAUCAAGUCGUCAGGAUCAGGAGUCAUCGUUGCUCAAUAACAAUAUGUUUGGGAAAUUCAAGGGGUUCACCCUGAAGCCCCUUCCCAAUGCCACGUCAACCAACAUAACAGCCCCCAAUGUAGCCUUCGUUACGCCCGUGACGAAGCACGUGGAGGAAGAUGCCUCAACUGUGCCGAAUCGUGUUGCUCCGCCCGUUCCCAAGGUGCCUAACAAUGUAGCUUUAGUGACAAGGAGCCAGACACAGGUUAAAUCCCCCGUAAAAUCACCGAGUGUGACGCGUGCAGCCUCAAUUGCCGCCCCCGCGCUGCCACCACCGAACCCCGGCACACAUGCACGACCCCUAAUCUCCAGUCCAAUCCUCGAAGCUUCAACGUGCACGGCAAAGGAACUCAUGUCACCGCUGAAGCAUUCAGGAUCUGGGCGUUUUCCGGUGCGCCCCGCUCCGGUGGCACCUGUUGCUGAGGCGCACGAUAAGACGGACGGGUAUGAUGCUCCACUCCCACGCGAACCCAAAAGUGGGACGCUCAAGAGAAUUACGUCGUUCCUGAAGAAGGAGGAGAAGCCACCUGCUGAGCGAAAGGUGCACCGUGUGAUUGACAGGGAGCGCCUGAAGACAAUCGAAAUAUCCGCACCCAUACCCCUACCGGAAACCACCACCAAUGCUAUCAAUCGGACACAGAGUAUGAGGUCGCCGACACGAAAGGCACCCCAACACCCGGCAUUUGGCUCAAUGCGCCAACCGUCGCCACUCAAGAGGCCCCCCAGUAUUGUGGGGAAUCGCCCCAAGUCGCCACCUCCCCCACGUCCGCCUGUGCCCCCGUCUCUUCCUGUUCAGAAUGAGUAUCAAAAACCUCCGCCCCCGAAGAAGGUGACCCCCGAGAGUUCCCCUGAGUAUGCGGAUUGUGAAGAAGGGGAAGCUCCUCUUGCGCACAUCAGCGAAGAAUCCACUCCUGUUACCCCUCCGGAUAACAUUUAUUCCGUCAUUGAGGAAUCCCCGACACCUCCUAAGCUUCCCAGUCCUCCCAAAGUGGGUAAUAUUUCCACAAGUGUUGAGAGUAUGGGCCUCCUGGGGGAGAUUGUGAAUGAGAUUGAAAAUCGCAAUCUCGACUCAAUUUACUCAACUUCGACAAUCAGGAAGAAACGAAGUGAGGAUGAUGAUCAAACGUACGCCAAUACAUCCCAAGGUGCUGAUUCUGAAGAUGAAUACAUGAACAUGAAGAGCAACUCUAGCACCACAUCCAGUGGCUACCUCCGACCGACUUCAAUCAACACACCCAUUGCUAGGGUUGCUCCAACUAAACCUCCGGAGAAACCAGUGCCGUUCAGUAGCUUCAGAUCACCACCACCAGCUACCACAACUUCAUCCACUGUGCCACAGGGUAAAGGCCCAACAACUCCAGUUGGCGCCACGAAUGACGCUGCAAAUGCUGCAGGAAGGGGGUUGCUGGCUAAGAAGGAUGCAAAGGAGAUUAAGGACGCAAGUGAGGAGAAGAAAAAUAAUAAAUAUCAGCCCUAUCAUACAUCACGACCAGGUCCAUUCUCAUCUUCGUACAAAGUUGGUGGGAAGAAGGAUGAGAAGGAUCCCAAACCACUGACAGUGCGAACAAGGACACCAUCACCGAAGAAUCCCGAUGUUGUGCCAUCAAAUCCACCGCCUCCAGUGAAAUCUAAACCCCCGGAUGUGGUCACAAAUGGCCCUGUGAAACCUCAAACCCUCCAGAAACCCAAUAUUGUGGCUAAACCACGACAAAACUCCAUCACAGACGGAAAGAAACCGCCUCCGGUGAAAGCGCGCGAAAUGCCGAAGGUGUCCAAAGCACCUGCUGAUGCCCAACCUCAGAGCAAUGGCCCCACAAUGGCUUCCUCCAAGAGUCGCAUCCUCACAGCGGCUGCCCGGGGGGCCUCCGGGAAGGCGUCCAAUGUGGCGGCGCUACAGCAGAAGUUCGAAGGAGGGAAAAAGUGAUAGUAUUUUUGUUAAUCUUCUCCGUGCACAAGCGAUGUAUGAAUGUUGAAGCAGCUGAAGGAGAAUCUGCUGCCUUUUAUAAAUGUUGAAAAAUUGGACAUUUUAAUCAAUUUGAUGUUUUUAAUCUUAAGAAAACACACAGAUGGAAAAGUCUUAAAUUAUUACACCUAAGAAUCACAUUACGCCAGUUUUUUGGUGCUUUUCUUACAAAAAAAAUCUUCGAAAGGAUUUUAUUAAAUUUAGUGGAAAAAACAAGGAGAUUUUGCAUAAUUUUUUUAAUUGUGCAGCUUCGGACCUCGCCGUUUAAUGUAUAAUUUUUUUUCGCGAGUUUCCCGGCGAAUUUUCACACGGAAAACUCCCUUAAAACGAAUAUUUUUUUAGACUGAAUUUAUUUUAGAAAUUUAAGAUGUCCCAAAAUGUGAAGAAAAAAUUGAAAAAUCAAAACUAUUUCUAGUGAUUUCGACUCAUCCUUUCAUAGACACGCACUUGUCCUUAAAUAUUAUAUGUUAAGGAAAUCUUUUUGAUGUAUAUAAUAAGCCAAAGAAUAUGUUUUUUUUUUUCAUAAAUAAAGUCAAAUGAAAGAA